AUGGAUAAAGUUGCACACUUGGCAGAUGCAGGGUAUAAGCUCCUGUCAAAAAGCACUGUCGCCGGAGCCUCUGGCCUGCGCGAUCCUCUGUCCCUCCGGCUGCAGGGCGGGCGGGAUCCUGCCCCGCGGGGGCGGCGGCGGCCGCCGCAGCGCGCGAGGCCCCUGCAAACCGCACCACUGCCCGCCCCGCCGCCCGCCUCCACCCCAAGCUCCGAGCCCCGGGGGCCGUGCCCGCCGCCCGCCCCACCCAGGCGGCCCGAGGAGGCUGCAGCCGUGGCCGAGACGGAGGAGCGGAGCCUGGACGAUUUCUUCACCAAAAGGGACAAAAAGAAGGAGCGGAGCAGCCCGGCGGCGCCGGGGGAGCAGCGGAGCCGCGAGGCGCGGCGGGCGGCGGGAGCUGUGGGCUGCGGGGCCUCCACCAAGGCCGUAACGAAGGAGGAAGAUGAGUGGAAAGAAUUUGAGCAAAAAGAAGUUGAUUACAGCCGCCUGAGAGUUCAGGCAAUGCCAAUAUGUGAAAAGGAAGAAGAGGAUAAUGAAAAGAGAGAAGGCCCAGGUGAUAAGUGGGAAGGAGGUGGAGGUGGUGGUGUAGAAAAAUCUUCAGGUCCCUGCAAUAAAACAGCUCCAGGGCAAGCACCUCUUGCUCCAGGAACUGUUACAGAAACCCCCGAACCGGCAACAACUAGUGAUGUGUAUAGGCAUCCCGGGGCGAGAUUAACCACAACAAGGGAAAAAACACAAGGACCACCAGAAAUAGACAGCGACACACAGUUCCCAUCCCUGCAACCCACUGCCAAGCAUGUGGGGAGCUGGAAGGAUAAAGAGAUGGAGAAGAGCUCUGAAGUAGUCAGACACGGAAUGAGACGUAGGGAUGAGCUUUCAAAAAGCCAGGCCCUUAAACUGCAGCUAGACAACCGAUGUGCUGUGCUGGAAGGUCAGAGAAGCGGCCGCGCACAGUCCAGUUAAGGAAUGGCCUGUGCUAACCCUGCUAAGAUAACCGGACCACGGCUAACCACCAGGAACAGCCGUCCUCAGCCCAUCUCUGCUGGCUCUACACCUGAGGCAGACCACUCACUGUAAGUGACUGGCCCUUCUGUGCUGGAAGUUUACUGCUCUCUAUGUGUAUCGGAUUUAGGGGGAUUUUCCUCGCUAUAGAAAUGUGUGACCUAGAUUCAACAGUGUUCUUUCAUAAUUACUCUGCAAAUACAAAACAAAAACUGCAGCCACUGGUCAUUGCAAAAUCUUUUUGUGUUCGGAUACAGAGCCUUGGUAAGCGCUGACUCCCUAGGUUUGCUGGCACUCGUGGACUUUGUGUGGAUCACAACUUCUGGAUGCGAAGGUUACAGCUAUUAAGUGUCGAUGUGAAACUUGAAACCAGCUCUACUGGAUUCGUAUCAGAAAUCCUGCAGAAAGUCAGCCAUUGGGCUUCUGAUCUGCUGUAAAAGAGGAAGAUUUAAGUGACCUUAAUUAACCUGUGCCCCACCCUCCAGGAGCGUUCUGUCGUGGGCUCUGGCUGUAUUAGACUUCCGGAACGUACGGCUUGCAAAAGAACCAAGGUGUUCAGAUAAUCUGUAUAGGGUUGUAAUUUAUAAUUUAAACUUUGAGUUGUAUUCUGAGGUAACCACAAAUUAAAUGCAACCAAACUUGGGUCCACCAAGUGGGAAAGGGCAGAAUCUUGUUUCUUUUAGUAAUUUUUUAUUUGGGUAGUGCUUUUUCUGUGUUCCACAUAAAGGCCUUGUUUUUGCUUUGACUUGGAAUGAGUCCUUUGACAGAGCAUGUUGCUUGGUUAGGUAAGUAACCUGAAAUAUGCAUUAGAAUUGUGAAAUGUUUCGUGAAUUUGCCCCCUAGAGUGGAACCAAAUAGCCUUUGGUAUAAAGGGCAGUGGAUGCAGCGGGCUCUACUUCAGGUGCUGCCAAAGCCUUCGUGAUCAGGUCAAAAUGGUAGAGUGGACUGCUGUGGAACAAGCGUGGCUUCACGCCGGCCGAGGGAUUCACUGCCCUGUCCUUAAAAAUUCAGAGCAACGCAAGCAGAAUCUCAACCUAAACCCCACUUAAGUGUCAUGGAUCUUGUCUGAUCUUUGCCAAGAAUUCCAGAUACUUGUGCCCAGAUUUUUCAGGUGUUGAACAUUCCGUACGUGCAGUGAUUGUCCCACCUUAGCUCUGUUAUCAGCCUUCUGGUGUGUCUUUACGUUGUUCAUUUGGAGAGUCAGGGACAAAAGACAGGUGAGGUAGCACUUCUGUUUUUCAUAAUUACAGCUUAAACUAUCCAGUAGUUUUUAGCCCUUGAAAGGGACUGCAGGAAGCUACCCAGGAUUCCUGAAAGGUCUUUCCAUCUAAUGAGUUAGUCUGGUCAUUUCCUAGUUUUGUGUCUUUGGUUCAAUAGAAGUAUUUCAAAGUGCUGUGUGACCACUUGGUGCAGAGUCGGGGUUUCUCUAUGAUAAAUCCCUUUGCCAAAUGCCAGAGUUGCAGACUUGCUACUGGUGAGAGUGAAGCGAAUGGGUGAGUAAAACUCUCCUGCUGGGGGAGCAUUUCCCUGUAGGAGUUCAGUCUUGAUGAAAGUGUCCAUGCGGGACUAGGCCUCCUCGGAGGGUCACAGUAUCUCCUGGCGGGACCUGCCACCCAUAGCUGGGCAGUCAUGGUGGUGUUCUCUGAGGUGACAGGAAGACGGCUGCCCUCCGACAUGGGUGAGCAGCUGAACCAGCCAAGGAGAGGUUGGCUGAGUAAGUGAGAAGUGAGCGAUUCUUGGUUAAAGUGAAGACUUCAUUUGGGAACCAAAAUCUUAAACAAUCUCUUGGACCUUGAGCCAUGUGUUUCCCCAGAAAAGUAUGUAUUUUUUUCUAGCGAAAUUUUGUUAGGGGUUGUGUUAUUGAAGAAUGAACUGAGUUCAAUAUGUGGAACUGGUAUUUAACGGUAUACUGUUCCAGAAAUCUGAAGACCUUCAGGAGAUUUAAAAUUCUAACUCGUUAUAACUUUUUAAAAGAUUGUGAAAUUAUCAAAAUGCACAUGAAUCAAGUUUUAAUAUACUGUAUGAUGGGUGGAUGAGGCUGUCCAUUGUACCAUUUCUUUCUUUGAAUUCUCAGGCAUGGUUUGGCAGUGCAAGAACUCUGUAACAUUAACGAAUUCAAUAAAAAAUAAAUAUAUGGAA